AAAAAAAAAAAAAAAAAAAAGCUGGAUUCUUCUCCUAUCCAGAACCCCUUUCUCAAAAUUUUCCUCCGAUCAAUAGCUUCCACCUACAUCACCGGUCAUCACCUGAUUCUUCUCCCAUCCAGAACCCCCUUUCUCCAUUUUCUCCGAUCGUGGGAUCCCUCCUUCAGAUCUGAAUUUGCCUUUCUCCAAAAUUUCCGCCUUAGUGAAUGAUAUUCAAUGAUUUGUUGCUUGUAUGAAUAUGCUCUGCCGCUGGCCUGCUAUCGGACUGGAUCCAUCUACUUUGCUACCGCUAGAGCGAUUUGCUGCUGCUACGAAGCCAUCUGCUGCCAUCUGCUGCCAUUGCUAUUGCUAUCGUUCCCCAUGGGGAAUGGGGAUCCCCGUGGGGAACGGAGACGGGGGGCAAAAUCUGCCCCCCUAAAAAAUCCCCGCGGAGAUCCCCGUCCCCGUGACUCACGGGGACGGGGAUGGGGAAGGGUUGAUACUCUCCACUACCUCUGCCGCAUCUACAGCUCCGUUUACAGAAUGCAGAAAUCUUCUGAAUCCAUCCCCCACAGUAAUGAGGUUGGAAAAUAUGCUGAUGUGAACUGGGAUGAGCUUGGAUUUUCUCUUACUCCAACUGACUACAUGUACAUGGCACAAAGCAAAGAAGGACUGAAUUUUGCUCAAGGAACCCUCACCCCCUUUAGGAACAUUGAGCUCAGCCCGUGCUCUACAGUUCUCCAAUAUGGACAGGGACUGUUUGAAGGUCUAAAGGCGUACAGAACAGCGGAUGAUAGGAUUCUACUCUUUCGCCCGGAGGAAAAUGCUCUGCGGAUGAAGAAGGGUGCUGAUAGAAUGUGUAUGCAAGCACCCUCAGUCGAGCAAUUUGUUGAUGCAGUAAAACAAACAGUCCUUGCCAACAAGCGUUGGAUACCUCCUCCAGGAAAAGGAGCACUGUAUCUUAGGCCUAUGCUCAUGGGAAGCAGCAGUCAUCUGGGCGUACAGGCAGCGACUGAAUACAUAUUUCUUGUUUUUGCUAGUCCUGUUGGCAGCUAUCACAAGGGUGAAGCAACCUUAAAUUUGCUUGUCGAGAACAAGUUCCAUAGAGCUAUUCCCAGUGGAACUGGCGACAUCAAAGCUGUUGUGAACUAUUCUCCAACUGUUAAACCAUUAGCUCAAGCAAAAGCCAAGGGGUUCUCUGAUGUGUUGUUUCUCGAUUCUGUUACUGGAAAAUAUAUCGAGGAGGUUUCUGCAUGCAACAUCUUUAUGCUGAAGGGAAAUGUUAUAUCAACUCCUGCAACAAAUGGAAACAUUCUUUCAGGUAUCACGCGGAAGAGCAUCAUUGAACUCGCAAAGAAUUCUGGGUACAAGGCUGAGGAACGUGCAAUUCCAGUGGAUGAUGUGUUUGAUGCUGAUGAAGUCUUCUGCACUGGAACUGGAGUUGUUGUUACCCCUGUUUCUAGCAUAACCUAUCAGGAUAAAAGAUAUGAGUACAAAACUGGGAAGGACACAGUCUCUCAGCAGUUGCGUGCAGCUCUUACUGGCAUUCAAACUGGCUCCAUUGAGGACAAGAAGGGAUGGACAGUUGAGAUACGAAGUUAGAAUCCUGAAAAAUUUUCUUUGAGAGUCUGCAUCCUUUUUAAGUUUUGGCAUUAGAACUUCCAGCUUUUAGGGCCUACUUAAGCUGCUGUGUGUUUUUGUUGGAUGGAUUGUUUGUUUCAGUAACCAUAUGUUGGAUAGAUUGUUUGCAUAAAUAAGUAAGUUGGUUCAGAUAGGCCGAUUUCAGUUUGUCUGAAAUUUUAGUGGUAACUCUUGACGUAAAGAGAGUUCACUAAUUAUUUGAAAUACAUGUUAGACGCAUUACCUAUUGAGCAAGAGAGGGCAGAGUAUAAUAAACACUAGGCUUGGGG